UGCAGCUCUACGGUGGCCAACUACAUCGGCUGGCGCAUCGUGCAGACGAUGGGCAUUCACACCAUGGAUCGGUUUAGGCGGUCGCGUUUCCGGUUCGACCGCUACCGCUACCUGGUGCAGGACAUCAUCGAGCUGCCACGCGAGUGCGUGCGCCUCACCACGCACCUCAUGUACUUCGCCGUGGGCAGGCUCUACUUCGACCGGCACAUCAGCAAGCCGGCCGAGCGGUACCGCAAGGUGUACGACCUGGCGGAAGAAGUGCGAGACGCGUUCGCCGUCCUAAUCGAUCUGAACACCUGGAUGGACACCGAGACCAAGGACAGGGCCCGACAGAAGCUCCACAACCUGCAGCUCAACAUCGGCUACCCUCCGUGGAUCCGCAGCGACCGAGACUUGGACGAGUACUACAAGGACCUGCCCGACCUCCGCAAGGAAGAGUUCUUUGUGAGCCUCCUCAAGACGCUGCAGAUCCACAGCCGCAUCUCGUUCGCAAAGCUGCGAAAUGUGCGGCGGGCUCCGGAUUUCGGAUGGUACCCAGGCAGCGUCGACGGCGCGACCUUCUACAGCCAUCUUGGCAACUAUAUUCUUUUACCGGUCGACUUCAUCCAGUACCCAUUCUUUCUACUGGAUAUGCCUCCGCCCAUCAACUUCGGCGCUCUCGGCUCCAUCAUCGGCCAGGAAAUCACACAUGGCUUCGGCGAACAUGGCGCCAUGUACGACGACCGAGGCAAACUGGUCGAGUGGUGGACGCGGCAGACGCACCGCAAGUUCAUCACGGGCUCGCGCUGUCUGCUCGAGCAGUACGACCUGUUCAGCAACCCAGUCACCGGCAAAAAGCUGAGCAUCAACGGCACGCUCGAAAUCAACAUUGCCGACAACGCCGGAUUGAGGCAAGCCUUCAAGGCAUACCGCGUGUACAUGAUCAAGUACGAGGAGCUGUACGGCAUGUACGCCAUUCCUGGUACGGAGCCGUACACAAUGGACCAAAUUUUCUUCAUCGCCUAUGCGCUUUCGAGGUGUGAAGUGGCCCGCAAGAGGUCCAUGUACUCGUACCUCAACCCGCGGGAAACGACACCCAGCCGCUACAGGACCAUUGUACCGCUGAUGAACUUCGAGCGGUUCUCGGAGGCAUUUGGCUGCCGUGUCGGCACCAUCAUGAACCCCGAGCAGAAGUGCAUCGUCUGGUGAUGCCCCACUAGCUCGGGAAAUGACGCCGUGCUGAGCCAAGCAAUCUCCAGAAGGCUUCUCUGCCUUUCGCGUGUUAACACGCAAACUUCAAAUAUAAAAUGUUAAUUACGUGUGCUUUUGUUUUUUUCCAGC